UAUGUGCUGGUUCUCUGUAACUCCAUUGGAACCCCACUGGAUUCUAAAUACAUUGACAUUGGUGAGUGAUAUCAGAAAGAUAAGAGAGCAUUAUGUUUCUAGCAGAUUAUAAUAAACUGGAACAGUAUCAAGGAUAGUUUGGUUCAAUUUCCCUAAAACACUUCAAAAGUGGAGACGUCAGAAAUGUCAAGAAGUGCACAUUACUGGAGAGACGCCUUGCCGUUUUGGAUCAUGUAAAUACCUUAAACACCUUGGCAGGCUUUGUAACAGAUUCCCCUGGAAUGAGAAAGCCCAACACUUCCUAGCGCUGAUCUGUCACCCAGGUUCAAAAGGCUGCUUUCUCGUCUGGGUUUCUACCACCAACAAUCCUUCCCUUUCAUGGGCUUGUUCAUGACAGACACCGAAGAUGCCCCCAUCUGUAGGUCAACUACACAUUCGGUAAUAUUCCCUCUGCCGCGUGGCAAGCCAAGUCUGUGCUACUGGCCAAACGUUUACCCAGAGACCAUAGUGGAGGCAGUUCAACGUCUGUCAUCUGAGAGGGCUGGGAGAGCCUAAAGGAGAUCCAAGUAUGAGAGCAUGCUGAAUCAACAAUAAAGGAUGUAUACUUCCUCUUUGUGGAGAAUCUUCCUCACUGUGACCUGAGUAGACCUGUUCUUGGGCCUGGAGCGUUGCAUUGAAAGAAAGUGCCUCUCACUGUUUUUGUUUCUGAAAAUGAUAAUGAAUUUGUUUAUUUAGUCUGAUUAUUAUUUUAGCUGUGAAGUUUUUCCUUGUAUCACUCUGAGAUAUGAUUUAUGAAUUAUAUAAAUGCAUUUUUGGUUUCUGUUGCUACGUUUUGCUCCGGUGUAUCUAACUGAACACGACCAAGGUUACAGAUUUUGAUUGAAUUUAGGUCCUUAGUUUACUGAAAUAACCUUGGAUCAUGUCACCUCGACAGAUCCGCUGUUCGUCACCAUGACUAAGACCCAUGUGAUCGCUGCGUCCAAGGAGGCCUUCUACAUCUGGCAGUACCGCGUGGCCAAGAAGCUAACUGCCAUGGAGAUCAACCAGGUGUCCAGGACCAGGAAGGAGGGUAGGGAGAGGUGAGUGCUGCCGGUACCGGGCCGGUUCAGAGGAUAUAACCUUACAGAACCUUCAGUACAGAUAGAAAUGUAUGGUGUUGUUACGCACUCCUCUCGGAAGAGGGAACGCAACACCCUGCUACAACUCAACUCUCCGUGGGGUGAAAGAGGUAUGGGACUGUAGGUGUGAGUAAGGAUGACAAAAGGCAGAGAAUACCGUUAACAGGGAAUUUAUUCCUUCGCACGGUAACUUUGGGGAAAAGGGUCCGGAUGGAACCAAAGCAAAGAAAGUAAAUAUCAAAGCCCCCUCUCCUACCUUACCUGCCUACUCACUACUUACUUAACUAGCACCUCCUGGUGCACUAACCAAAAUACAAGGGAUGGUCCGCCCAGGUCUUUCCUAGUUUGCAUAGACUGUAUGCCUCUAUGGGUAAUGUAUGCCCGCGGGCCUCUUGCCUAAGCACUCCCUAGGUGCCUUCCCCUUCCCCCCUUGGGAACAAAUGAAACAAAAUUGCACAAACUGGUUCACAACAAAACCUGAGAAAAACAAACUCAGGACAUUAAAGAAACUCUGAGCCACAAACUAACACAAAACAUUACAAUUGGUUCUCACAACAACACAGUACAUACCAAAAUCUUAGCAUACAACCAACAUGCUGUAACUCUCAGCCAUUCUGGUUCCCCCUCUUUCCUGAGCAACUGGGGCUUAUAUAGCUUCAGGAGGAGUUGGUAAAUUGGAGACAGCUGCGUCCUGACGAGGGCGCGGGGUCAGCUCUCCAAUCAUCAAUGUUCAUCCAAUCAAUCAGCUGCUUGUUGGGGAAUUUCAGGAACCCAUUUCCUGAAAUACCUACAUGAAAAUACACAAACCACAACAUAGAAACUGGGGAACGUAACAGGUGUAUAACAGAAAUUACUGUCUGUCAGAUAGAAUAGGGAAUCGUGUCAGCUUUACUAAUUCUGUUUCUAUCUGGAAAGUCCAGGUGGCACGGUUAAGACACCUUGCACAGGAGCAACAAACCAGAAAAAACAUAUUCUCUGUCAUUUGUGAGGAUAUAUCCCGACUGAAACCAAAAUAAGCUGAAGGAACCACCCUUGAUGUUAUUCUGAACUGUUGAUUUGUUCUGUGGCACUAAUAUCAUGAAAAUCUUCCUUAUUUUUGGGGUCAGAAGAUGUUUACAAGAUUAAGAUCACUUUAUUUGUGAUUUGUACACAAGGUCCAACCGAAAUUUGACUUCUGCUUUAUCCCAACCGCUCCGAAAGACACACAUACAGGUGGCAGGUAGCCUAGCGGUUAGAGAGGCCAGCCAGCAACCGGAGGGUUGCCAGUUCGAGCGGAAGACUGCCACACUGGGCGCCCAUGAAGCACUUGUUGUGGGGGUUAAGUGCCUUUGCUCGGCAAGCAAUGGCAUCUAGGAUUGCCAGCUCACUUCCCUACAGAUUUUUCUGCUCAGACCCGAGAUUCGAACUGGCAACCCUCCGGUUGCUGGCUGGCCUCUAACCGCUAGGAUACCUGCCGCCCCAGGUCCUGGCUUGUUUGAUCCUGUGCAAGGUGUUGACAUUGAUAUGAAGAAGGUCCAUUCAUCUGCCUGAAACAGUAGACAUACAGUAGACAGCGGGUUGACCAGUGAGUCAGUGAUACUGACCUCAGACAGACAGGCGAGGGUAGGACCGACUGUCCUGCCAGGGAUGUUCCUGUCUGCAUGCCAACAUAUCAGCUUGAAGGAAAGUCUAAUGUACUCUCUCAAUUAAAUUCUCUCUCUCUCUCUCUGCCCACCCAACUCUCUGCCCCCCCCCCCCCCCCCCCCCCCCCAUUUCUGUCUGGCUGUCUCUCUCUUUCUCUCUCCCUGCCUGUCUGUCUGUCUGUCUGUCUGUCUGUCUCUUUGACCCCACCUCCAUCUCUGUCUAUGUCUGUCUGUCUGUCUGUCUCUCUCUCUCUCCCUGUCUGUAUUUUUCUCUCCCUGUGUCUGUCUCUCUUUCACUCCCUGUCUGUCUGUCGGUCUGUCUCACUCUCUCUCUCUCGCUCCCUGUCUCUCUCUCUGUCUCUCUCCCCUGUCUUUCUGUCUGUCUGUCUGUUUCUCUUUCUUUCCCUGUCUGUCUCUGUCUCUAGGGUCUAUCAUAUUGAUGAUAGUCCAUCUGGGACCACUGAGGGCCCCCUGGACUUUGCCAAGGCCUUCACUGUGAGUUGCAUUUUUAGAAAGCACACAACACUCCCUUUGUUAACACAAGCUGAAGAUUUCACCCUCGGUUACAAUGCCUGUUAAAACCCCAAGAGAGAGCCAACAUAAAUACAUUCAAUAAAGUUGAAUGGAAAUAGCUCAUUCGUAACCCAUUGCCUCAUAUAUUUCCCUUUUCUAUUUUAGGCAACACGAGACCCCAUUUGUUGCAUCACAGCAACAGACAAGACACUGAUUGUGGUAGGUAUUUCUCUCAGGAUUUUAUAGAGUAUUAGUUCAUCAGUCUAUCAAGAGUUGGAAAAGUUCAGUUCGGAAAGGUUUUUUACUGUGUUUGUCCGUUUGUGAUCAAAGGGCCGUGAGUCUGGUACCAUCCACAAAUACAGCCUGCCUAACGUUGCUCUGGUGCAGAAAUACUCCUUAAACUACCGGGCCUACCAGCUUUCACUCAACUGUACCUCCAGGUCAGGACUCACUGUUGGCUGGUCACUGUAAUAUUACACGGUAGAUGGUGUUUCAGUAGCAGAAAAUAGUUUAUGCCAAUGGAGCUUAUUGCUUGCAUUACAUAAGUACAACCGACAUAGCAUUGUUAGGAACCAUCUGAACAGUUAUUGCCUGGUCCAAAAGCAGUUUGGUGAACUUCAUGCACUUUUUUAUUAUUAUUGUACAAUCUUGUAUUGAUAAAACCCAUAUUUUUCUUUAGCCGCCUGGCGAUAAUUGACAUUUCGGGAGUGCUGACGUUUUUGGACCUGGCGGUGCGUUCGUCUUCGGGUGAUGGCUCUGGGAGCCAGGCGGGGACAGGCGACCCCUCCAAGUUUGAGCGCAAGGACGUCUGGGACAUGCAGUGGGCCAAUGACAACCCCGAUCUGUUUGCCAUGAUGGAAAAGACCAGGAUGUACGUGUUCAGGAACCUGGACCCAGAGGUGAGUCCCUCUGACCUAUAUCAUAUAUAGCCUCUAUAUAAAUAUAUAUCUCAUAUAUAGCCUCUAUAUGAAUAUAUAUAUCAUAUAUAGCCUCUAUAUAAAUAUACAGUGAGGGAAAAAAGUAUUUGAUCCCCUGCUGAUUUUGUAUGUUUGCCCACUGACAAAGACAUGAUCAGUCUAUAAUUUUAAUGGUAGGUUUAUUUGAACAGUGAGAGACAGAAUAACAAAAAAUAAUCCAGAAAAACGCAUGUCAAAAAUGUUAUAAAUUGAUUUGCAUUUUAAUGAGGGAAAUAAGUAUUUGACCCCUCUGCAAAACAUGACUUAGUACUUGGUGGCAAAACCCUUGUUGGCAAUCACAGAGGUCAGACGUUUCUUGUAGUUGGCCACCAGGUUUGCACACAUCUCAGGAGGGAUUUUGUCCCACUCCUCUUUGCAGAUCUUCACCAAGUCAUUAAGGUUUCGAGGCUGACGUUUGGCAACUCGAACCUUCAGCUCCCUCCACAGAUUUUCUAUGGGAUUAAGGUCUGGAGACUGGCUAGGCCACUCCAGGACCUUACAUGUUUGACAUUUUAGUCAUUUAGCAGACGCUCUUAUCCAGAGCGACUUACAGUUAGUGAGUGCAUACAUUUUUCAUACUGGUCCCCCGUGGGAAUCGAACCCACAACCCUGGCGUUGCAAGCGCCAUGCUCUACCAACUGAGCUACAGGAGGCCUUAAUGUGCUUCUUCUUGAGCCACUCCUUUGUUGCCUUGGCCGUGUGUUUUGGGUCAUUGUCAUGCUGGAAUACCCAUCCACGACCCAUUUUCAAUGCCCUGGCUGAGGGAAGGAGGUUCUCACCCAAGAUUUGACGGUACAUGGCCCCGUCCAUCGUCCCUUUGAUGCGGUGAAGUUGUCCUGUCCCCUUAGCAGAAAAACACCCCCAAAGCAUAAUGUUUCCACCUCCAUGUUUGACGGUGGGGAUGGUGCUCUUGGGGUCAUAGGCAGCAUUCCUCCUCCUCCAAACACGGCGAGUUGAGUUGAUGCCAAAGAGCUCGAUUUUGGUCUCAUCUGACCACAACACUUUCACCCAGUUCUCCUCUGACUCAUUCAGAUGUUCAUUGGUAAACUUCAGACGGACCUGUAUAUUUGCUUUCUUGAGCAGGUGGACCUUGCAGGCGCUGCAGGAUUUCAGUCCUUCAUGGCGUAGUAUGUUACCAAUUGUUUUCUUGGUGACUAUGGUCCCAGCUGCCUUGAGAUCAUUGACAAGAUCCUCCCGUGUAGUUCUGGGCUGAUUCCUCACCGUUCUCAUGAUCAUUGCAACUCCACGAGGUGAGAUCUUGCAUGGAGCCCCAGGCCGAGGGAGAUUGACAAUGCUUUUGUGUUUCUUCCAUUUGCGAAUAAUCGCACCAACUGUUGUCACCUUCUCACCAAGCUGCUUGGCGAUGGUCUUGUAGCCCAUUCCAGCCUUGUGUAGGUCUACAAUCUUGUCCCUGACAUCCUUGGAGAGCUCUUUGGUCUUGGCCAUGGUGGAGAGUUUGGAAUCUGAUUGAUUGAUUGCUUCUGUGGACAGGUGUCUUUUAUACAGGUAACAAACUGAGAUUAGGAGCACUCCCUUUAAGUGUGCUCCUAAUCUCAGCUCGUUACCUGUAUAAAAGACACCUGGGAGCCAGAAAUCUUUCUGAGUGAGAGGGGGUCAAAUACUUAUUUCCCUCAUUAAAAUGCAAAUCAAUUUAUAACAUUUUUGACAUGAGUUUUUCUGGAUUUUGUUGUUGUUAUUCUGUCUCUCACCGUUCAAAUAAACCUACCAUUAAAAUUAUAGACUGAUCAUUUCUUUGUCAGUGGGCAAACGUACAAAAUCAGCAGGGGAUCAAAUACUUUUUUCCCUCACUGUAUAUACUCAGUUUAUUAGGUACACCUAUCUAGUAUCGGGUCAGACCCCCCUUUGCCUCCAGAACAGACUGAAUUCUUCGGGGCGUGGAUUCUGCAAGGUGUGGCAUUCAAACAUUUCAAACACAUGUGGUCUGGUUGUGAUGAUUAUAUAGCUAACCACCAUACACUUAGAAUUGCUGGGAAUGUAGGGAGGGUUUGGGUCUCCCCAGAAUGUAGGGAGGGGUUGGGGGUCUCCCCAGAAUGUAGGGAGGGGUUGGGGUCUUCCCAGAAUGGAGGGAGGGGUUGGGGAUGGGUUGGGUCUCCCCAGAAUGGAGGGAGGGGUCUCCCAAGAAUGGAGGUAGGGGUUUGGGGUGUCCCCAGAAUGGAGGGAGGGGUUGGGAGUCUCCCCAGAUUGGAGGGAGGGGUUGGGAGUCUCCCCAGAUUGGAGGGAGGGGUUGGGAGUCUCCCCAGAAUGGAGAGAGGGGUUGGGAGUCUCCCCAGAAUGGAGAGAGGGGUCUCCCCAGAAUGGAGGGAGGGGUUUGGGUCUCCCCAGAAUGGAGGGAGGGGUUGGGAGUCUCCCCAGAAUGGAGGGAGGGGUUGGGUCUCCCCAGAAUGGAAGGAGGGAUUGGUUCUCCCCAGAAUGGAAGGAGGGAUUGGUUCUCCCCAGAAUGGAAGGAGGGGUUGGUUCUCCCCAGAAUGGAAGAAGGGUUUGGGUCUCCCCAGAAUGGAAGGAGGGAUUGGUUCUCCCCAGAAUGGAAGGAAGGUUUGGGUCUCCCCAGAAUGGAAGGAGGGUUUGGGUCUCCCCAGAAUGGAAGGAGGGUUUGGGUCUCCCCAGAAUGGAAGGAGGGUUUGGGUCUCCCCAGAAUGGAAGGAGGGUUUGGGUCUCCCCAGAAUGGAAGGAGGGUUUGGGUCUCCCCAGAAUGGAAGGAGGGUUUGGGUCUCCCCAGAAUGGAAGGAGGGUUUGGGUCUCCCCAGAAUGGAAGGAGGGUUUGGGUCUCCCCAGAGAGAGUCAGAGGAAAAGACAAACCUCUUCAUUUUAUUCCUUUGCUGCUUGUUUUCUCAACCCUACAUAGUUUAUAUAAGCCUAAGGAAGCACUGCUCACUGCAUAUAGAAAAGUUUAGUUUCAGAUUGACUCAACACCCUGUCCACAGGCUAUUGCGCACAGCUGGUGCACAAAACAAAUUGAUUGUAAACUUGCUGUGAGCACUGCUCAUGUUAAAACCGUAUGGGACAUUGCCCCAACAGACCACCAAUUAAUUCCAUACAUAGUGUAUAAUUCAUACUGAAUUGGAAACUACACACUACCUCUAGUUUGCUGUUCCCUACCCUUCCAAAUAGAAAUGCGGAGGUUUUUAAAUGUUGGGUAUAGAUUAGGAUCAGAGCAUAAUGGAUGUUUUCCCCUUAAUGACCAUCAUCAACGGAUGACCCCAAAGAGACAAAAACAAGUUGGUGUUUUUAUAUUAGACAUACAAUUUCUUCUGAUUUUAAUAUUCCAUAUUAAUCAGGAACCCAUUCAAACGUCUGGAUACAUCUGCAACUUUGAAGACCUGGAAAUCAAAUCGGUCCUGCUGGAUGAAAUCAUGAAGGUAACCUUCUUUUCUUAAUAUGCAAAAGUCCCACUGUUCCCACUAAUUCCGGUAAUUUGAUAGCAAACAAAGUAAGCUAUGCGGGAACAGAUGUUUACUAUUGCUAUUGGAAUACAUACAUGUUCCCAGCAGAACACAAUUGACUGUGCACAACAACAGCAAAGAUGCGUCUAUUUCUGUUAGUUAUGCAAAGUAUACUUUGCUAAAUGGAGUCGGAUGCCAAAAGGUCCGGAAUAUCCAUGAUGCAAUGGGAAUGUGAAGUGAUCCCAGAUUUCCUCUUAGGAUCCGGAGAGGCCGAACAAGGAUUACCUCAUCAACUUUGAGAUCCGCUCCCUCCGCGACAGCCGCUCGCUGAUCGAGAAAGUGGGCAUCGAGGACGCCUCCCAGUUCAUCGAAGACAACCCCCACCCCAGACUCUGGUAAAUACAUGGACAGUAAUCUUGUUCCCAGCCCCUUUGGGCAAAAGCCUGGGAUGAGAUUACAUAGACAGUAACCCUGCAUUUCAUGGAGGCACUUAAAGGGACAGUUCACUCCAAAAUUAAAGUUUGUCAGAUGCUUUCAGAAGACCUCAUAAGUGGUCUUCUGUUGAGAUAAAUCCAGGUCCCUGGCCAUCUGAUGUGUAGAUCCUGCUAUAUGCCCUAAUCCAAAAUGAAUGGAAAAGAUAAACACAAUAUCCCGUUUUUUUUUUUUUUUUUAAUGCUCUUGGUGUAUAAUUUCUGUUCAUUUGGUUGAGGCAUGCAGCUGGAUCUACGCGAUUGAUGGCUUGCGAUUCUUCUUGACAUUAGAACACUUUUGAGGUUUGAAAACAAAUUAUAUCAUUUGAUAUUGGAGGGAACUUUCUCUUUUAAGGCCUUUCAAGAAUCUAUUCUGUCAGUCAUUCCUCCAUUCUUACCCACUCUGAAUGGACUCUUAUAUUGUGGUCCUCUGUAGCUCAGCUGGUAGAGCACGGCGCUUGUAACGCCAAAGGUAGUGGGUUCGAUCCCCGGGACCACCCAUACACAAAAAAUGUAUGCAUGCAUGACUGUAAGUCGCUUUGGAUAAAAGCGUCUGCUAAAUGGCAUAUUAUUAUUAUUUAUUAUUAUUGACAUCAAUGUCUACUCUGAGUGUUUGCAGCCUUUCCAGUAGACUGUCACACCCAGCAAGCAUCAGUUUGCCCAGAAAACGUGCCACACAGAUGUUUGGUUCGGGGGUCAUAAUAUAUUUGCAGGACCUAGUGACGUGAGAAAGUGGGAAGUCAAUGGUUGUUACACGUUUAUGGUCUGUUUAAUGAGGUUCUCCUCAAAGGAACCUCAAGGUGAUCGAUCUCACUGAAGAUGUCAUGCCAUUCAACCUAAAGGCAAAAAAUGCCCCUGGAAGCACUGUUUGCACAAGCAGAGGAGAAACUGUGGCAUGUGUGACAUGUGGAAUGUCUUACAACACAGAGAUUUACAGAUGGAGAUUUGUCCUAUUCUUAAAAUGUCAGUCCUAGUCACAUUUUCAGUUUAGUCGUAUACUCGUAUUGAAGAACAUCAUCUAAGGUGAGCCUAGACUUUCCAUCCCUGAGGCAGGUUGAAAGCAUCACUGUGUCCUUUUUAUCAAAGGCCAAUAUUCAUCUGGUUAUGUGGGAGAAUCCCCACGCUGGCGUGACGGAGUUUGGUUGAUUUAUCGUGCUGUUUUGGUAGCACUCUGCUAACGGAUGCCGGUUAAAAGAGUACUUCGGCUCCCCAUGUCAUUUUUCACAGCGACUCGAGGAAUUUGGGAACUUUUGGGGGGAAAUGAAACCAACCUGUCAGGGGUGAGCUGUCCCUUCGAUUGACUGAACAAGGUCUAGUGGUAGAGACCUGAUGUGCCACAGAUAUUUUGACAUGCCUGUAUUGCCCUCAAAUGUUCAAUUUCUAAGGUGCUCCGUGUACAAGAUGCAUACCAAAGGUAGCUGGUCAUUUUCAGGAUCAGGAGUACACACACACACACACACACACACACACACACACACACACACACACACACACACACCACACACCCCACCCCAACACCCCAGUCUGAUUCAGAACACCCCACCCCAACACCCCAGUCUGAUUCAGAACACCCCACCCCAACACCCCAGUCUGAUUCAGAACACCCCACCCCAACACCCCCAGUCUGAUUCAGAACACCCCACCCCAACACCCCAGUCUGAUUCAGAACACCCCACCCCAACACCCCAGUCUGAUUCAGAACACCCCACCCCAACACCCCAGUCUGAUUCAGAACACCCCACCCCAACACCCCAGUCUGAUUCAGAACACCCCACCCCAACACCCCCAGUCUGAUUCAGAACACCCCACCCCAACACCCCAGUCUGAUUCAGAACACCCCACCCCAACACCCCCAGUCUGAUUCAGAACACCCCACCCCAACACCCCAGUCUUAUUCAAAGACAUUCUCAGCAGCAAUGUGUUUGUGUUUUUCUGAAUGGGUUUGGAUGGUAUACCGCAGGUUAUGAUCAUAUUGCAUUUGCAUGUAGGGUUGCAAAGUUGGAAGAUUCCCAGAAUCAGGAGCAAAUUCGGAUUCCUCCAACCAUGAUUUCUGGAAAACCUGGGAAUUUGGGGAAAGUUACCAGAAUUUUGCAACCCUAAUCACGUAUAGUGAGCAUGUAUAAAUGUUCUCCACCUUCUCAGAGACAUUUCGCAAAAUGAUAGUCUUCACCCUGCUGUUGAUCUGCUCCCAGGCGCCUGUUGGCCGAGGCGGCCCUCCAGAAGCUGGACCUGAAGACGGCUGAGCAGGCCUUCGUCCGCUGUAAGGACUACCAGGGCAUCGAGUUCGUCAAGAGCUUGGGCAACCUGCAGAGCGAAGCCAUGAAACAGGCCGAGGUGGCGGCCUACUUCAGCAGGUUCGAGGAGGCCGAGAGGAUGUACCUGGACAUGGACCGCAGGUAAGGUGUUGGAUGUCACGUAGGAUGUUGCGCUUUACCUCUAUGGCUGUAUGUUAAGUAUUGAAGACACUAAACGAUAAAGGAUACCCUUGUUUUGCUUUUAGUUUUUGUUAUGUUUUAGAAUGUUAACGCAAUGUUCAGUUGUUGAUUCAAGUCGGUAAAAUGGUGUUGAAGUUUUUCACUAUUGACUUAACUUCCAUGGACGUGUGAUGCUGUCCUAAUAUGGAUACCGUACCGUACAGCUAACGACAGAUAACGUCUCUCUCUUUAGGGACCUGGCCAUCAGCCUGAGGAUUAAGCUGGGGGACUGGUUCCGCGUCCUGCAGCUUCUGAAGACUGGAUCGGGUGACUGUGACGAUGCAGUGCUGGAGCAGGCGUACAAUGCCAUCGGGGACUACUUUGCAGAUAGACAGAAGUGGUACAGGCCUUUCAGUAUUUUGUAUUUCAAGACGGUGAAUGGUAGCGUUUGCCUUGCACGUUUGAUUCUAGGCAACAGAACAGAGUCCAGUUGUUUGACGGGAUCCUUUCCCUUCAGCAUUUUGUCUUUCAUGUUGACAUUUUAAUGUUUGACACUGUAGCUCCAUAAUAUCGUGUGAGUGUUCUAGUAUUGUAGUCUGCAAAUGCUUUGGUGCCAAUGUUCCUCUCCAGGGUGAAUGCAGUUCAAUACUACCUUCAGGGGCGCAACCAGGAGAGGCUGGCAGAGUGUUACUAUAUGCUGGAGGAUUACGACGGACUGGAACGACUGGCUAGUUCCCUACCAGAGAACCACAAACUGCUACCGGUGAGGGCUGCCCUGUAGAAGAGAGAGGACAUGAGAUACGUUUCCAGUAGUGCUUUAUACCUAGGUGACAGUUAAAAAAAGCUAGUGCAGGGGUCACUUCUGGUCUUCAGUCUUCACCGAGGUCUGGAGGGCCGCACUGAAAAUUGGUGAUAUUUAGUCGUCAUCAAAAUGUGCAAAACAUAGUCUUAUAUCCAUUGUUGAAUUGUUUUUGGAAUUUUUUAAGUUUAUCUGAUUGUUAACGAGCUGGAUAAAGUGAAGAGACUGUAAAUGUCUGUCUGACACCCCUGAGCUAGUGUUUUGUGUUGGUCCUCCACUUUCUCUGACUCGCCACUUAAUUCUCUCCUACCCGUCCGUCUGGCUUCCAUCAGCAUGUCAAUAAAUACAGUGUGUUUAGUAGGUUUCUACCAGGGUUGCGGUCAAUUUGGUUUUCAUUUUCAACCCAAUCAAUUCAGGAAGUGAUACCUGAAAUUCACUUCAGGAAGUGAAAAGGAGAACAACGGGCAAUUUUCAAUUGAUUAAUAGAAUUUCACUUCCUGACUAAAUGGACUCAAAUCCAUAAAUAUCUCCUUCAAUUUUAAGGCUUCAAUUGUAAUUUCCUCCAUUCAGCCAUUUCCAUGUGGACAAAGAAGACCUUUCCCCUCAUCUAUCUUUUGUGUUUGCACGUCGUAGGACAUCGGCCAGAUGUUUGUCACCGUAGGCAUGUGUGAGCAGACCGUGAACGCCUACCUGAAGUGCAACCAGCCCAAGGCUGCGGUCGACGCCUGCGUUCAUCUAAACCAGGUGAGAGACCGACAGACGAGACGGUCAGAGACCUCCAGAGGGGUUGUGGUUCUGAGCUUAGGACAGUUUAUCUAUUCAGUGCUGAUUCCCCAUUGGAAAGUGGAAACUGGCAGUCCCCACUGUCCUCCACCAACUAGGUUUUGACAUCACUACACCAGAUGACAUCACUACACCAGUGGCAGACCACAGUAGGACUUUCUGUUCUGAGGAUUGCACUGUCAAUUAUUUUGUCAUUGCACUGUGAAUGGUUUUUACUUUUGAAGUGUAUUUUUUCAAACGUCUUCGCAUGAGCACAACAGACAUGAGCAACACUAUUUUCUUUAAUGUGUCACAUUUCUUUUGUGGCAUCGUAGUACUUUGCUGAUUUUGAGUGUAACUGAAUCUUGGCUUCAUAACAGAAUUGCCCAAUGGAAAUGUGACCAGGAGAGAAGUAGUAGAGGUAUCUGGUAGAUCAUUUAGCUCGAUUUAAAAGCAUGUUCUUUUGGCCACAGUUUUCAUGAUACACAUGCUGUGUUGAUGAAACGUUUCUUAACCACCAACACGGUCUCGGAUGGAUAGAUACGAUUUAAUCAUGAUAUACUUUUCUCCCAUUUCCUGUUGUGUUGAAAACCACAUAUGGCCAGGACCUCCAGCAUUUGGCUCACACCAACAGCUUUUAAAUUAUCUUUCAACUGGUUCUUUUUUCCAAAGCCCUAACAUAUAGUUUUUUCAAUCUAAUUUCUAUAUUUUCAAAUAUAUCAAAUAAUUAAAACAUUAUUUGUAUAUAUUAAACAAUGAUUUAUUCACAACACAUACCAACAUAUCACAAGUACCCAACAACACAACACUACUUUACACACCGCAUGUAAACACAAAGACACAUCAUUGUUCUGUCUCAUAUUAUAAAUGUAUAUCAGGUACAUUUAUUAUUUCGUAAUCUUUUCUGCUUUUACACAGUGGAAUAAAGCUGUGGAGCUGGCCAAAAACCACAACAUGAAAGAGAUCAAAUCUCUUCUGGCCAAGUAUGCGUCUCACCUGCUGGAGAAGAACAAGCCUCUGGAGGCGGUGGAGUUGUACCGUAAAGCCCACCAUUUCCUAGACGCAGCUAAACUCAUGUUUAAGGUACUGCCAACCAUUAUGCCUUAACACCAUGCAAAGUCACAUUCUUGUUUUGAAGUGUCUUCUGGCUAAAGAAGGCAAAUGUUGGAAUGUAAUUGGUAGGGCACUCAUAAGGGGACAUGAUCAACCAAUAAAAGAAAUAUGCAGUGUAGUCUGCAACACUUCACCACUACAGUAAAUACCACACUUCACCACUACAGUAAAUACCACACUUCACCACUACAGUAAAUACCACACUUCACCACUACAGUAAAUACCACUCUUCACCACUACAGUAAAUACCACACUUCAUCACUACAGUAAAUACCACACUUCACCACUACAGUAAAUACCACACUUCACCACUACAGUAAAUACCACACUUCACCACUACAGUAAAUACCACACUUCACCACUACAGUAAAUACCACACUUCACCACUACAGUAAAUACCACACUUCAUCACUACAGUAAAAUGUAAUACUUAUCAUUCAGUUCAGUCCUUAGCCAAUAGCCUUCACAGAGGCAUUUAAACUACAUUAUGCGUCGGACCGGAUUUUUGCGAAGACCCCUGCCUGAACUCGUAUUAUUCUCCAGCACACAUAACCUCAUGCCAUCUGGUGUCAGACCCAUCUGUCAUCUGCUGUAUGAACCUUUCAGAUAGCGGAUGAGGAGGCUAAGAAGGGGACCCGGCCAUUGAGGGUAAAGAAGCUGUAUGUGCUGGCAGCCCUGCUAGUGGAGAACUACCACAGCCAAGUGAAGACCUCCCAGCAGAACAAGGCCAAAGGGAAGACGUCAGAGGUACACAACCCACAAAAUCCUUAAGAAAUACAGUCAUUUAGGUCGCGUGUGUCAUUUUGGUUUGUUUGCUGCUUUAAAAUAAAAUAAAGUGUUAUUUGUCACACGUUUCGUAAACAACAGUGAAAUGCUCACUCACGGUUCCCUUUUCCAACAUUGCAGAGUUAAAGAUAAAAAAUAUAUAUAUUUAAUGCUAACAGUAAUGUAAUUUACAAUUUGUUGCAGUUGUUAGCUACAAGGGUCUGGUUUAUAUAGCGUUUACACCAGUGCAAAGGUAGCACUUGUUAUUUUCCAAAAGUGAGUACAGAUUAAGCAUAUCAAUGAUGUACUGAAAAAAUAGCUUGGUCUUUAAUUCCCCUCCGAUAACAGAUGUACGACAGUGUUCGUUCUCAGUGAAUCAGGGAAUUCAUUCCCAUGUCUUUUGGUGACUUUUACUCGUCCCAACCUGUCAGCUACUCCCGUCUCUCUCCCUUCAGGCUACAUCUGCUCUAGCUGGGCUGCUGGAGGAGGACGCCACGUCCUCAGACAACCGCAUGGUGGACAGCGCCUGGCGCGGGGCCGAGGCCUACCACUUCUUCCUGCUGGCUCAGAGGCAGCUGUACGAAGGCUACAUGGUGAAAGCCAUGAAGACAGGUAUCCCACUCUCUCUCAGGCAGUUACAUUUAGUAUCUUUCCUCCCCUGUUCCUGCCAACCCUCUUCACGUCACCGGGUACGAAAAGACACAGCAAAUAACAAGACACCCCCGCUCUCUUUUAACAAGUGUCUGUUAACGUGUGUGUGUAUGUAGGCCUAUGUCUUCUCCGAGGUAUGACUGUGCACCUCACCCUUUCUCAUUCGGUCUUGAGGGUGUGGGUUUGACUAGCCCUCUGUUUAGACAUUCACUCUGUAGCACCAUCAAAUGAACUGAAGAAAGUUGUUGGUGGUUGGGUGGUCCACUGUAGCUCAGUUGCUAGAGCACGGCGCUUGCAACCCCAGGAUAGUGGGUUCGAUUCCCGCGACCACCCAUACGUAAAAUGUAUGCGCGCAUGACUAAGUCGCUUUGGAUAAAAGCGUCUGCUAAAUGGCAUAUUAUAUUAUUAUUAAUAUGAGACCCAUGAGUCUCCCGGUCGCGGCCGGCUACGACAGAGCCUGGAUUCGAACCAGGAUCUCUAGUGGCACAGCUAGCACUGCGAUGCAGUGCCUUAGACCACUGUGCCACUCGGGAAAACCCCAAUUCAACGUCCUCUCAAUCUCAAAUGUCCCCAUAAACCCCAAACCUUAAAAUGAACUGUAAAUACUCAACCAAUCUCCCCUCCUUACCAGCUCUCCACCUACGGGACUACGAGGACAUCAUCCCGGCAGUGGAGAUCUACUCCCUGCUGGCCAUCUGCUCGUCAGCCAACCGGGCUUUCAGCACGUGUUCCAGAGCCUUCAUCAAGCUGGAGUCCCUGGAGAGCUUGAGCCCUGAGCAGAGACAGCUCUAUGAAGACCUGGCCCUGGAGAUCUUCACCAAACACAGCACCAAGAACAGCCACAUGUCGGGACUGGACAGCACUCCUGAGGGGUGAGGUGCAUGUCCACCGCAGUGCAGACCUGGGUUCAAAUAGUAUUCGUUUUUUUUUUUUAAUGAAUACUUUAGCUUAGCUUGAUUGAGCUUUCUGCCGGCUGGCUUAAUGGAGGAGUGCUAAACCCCGUCCAUCUUGAACCCAGGUCUGGACUGCUAAACCCCGUCCAUCUUGAACCCAGGUCUGGACUGCUAAACCACUGAUAGCUAGCUGCUUUAUAUUUCAGGGUCAAAACAUAUUGACGCGUGUUCUCGUCAUCAAUCUUCUUCUCACUGCCAUUCAGAAUCAAGUCAAGAACAGCAAGGAAAGCUACUAAAUAAGUAGCUACAUUGCAUGGAUUUGAUAUCAAAAUGUAUUUAACAAAUCCUUGGCAAUAACACAGAAGAAGUCAGAAAGCAGCCCUUUGAAAUGCCUGAGCAGAUUUUAUUAGUGUACAAUAGCAUUACAGUUGCUCUCUCUCAUCUCUCUCUCCUCUCUCUCUCUCCGCUCUCUCUCUCUCAUCUCUGUCUCUCUCUCUCUCCUCUGGUCUCUCUCUCUGUCUCCUCUCCUCUCUCUACUCUCUCUAAUCUCUCUCUCAUCUGUCUACUCCCUCUCCUACUCUCUCUACUCUCAUCUCUCUCUCUAUGUCCUACUCUACUCUACAGUGUCCCUACUCUACUCUACUCUUCAUCAUCAUCUCAUCUACUCUCAUCUCUCUCUCGGCUCUCUCUCAUCUCUUUCUUGUCUUUCUUUCUCUCUCUCCUCUCUCUCUCUUCCUCUUCUCUUUCCUCUUCUUUCUUUUCUUUUCUCUCUCUCUGUCUCUUCUCUUUUUUUUUCCCCUUUUCUCUCUUUCUUCCUUUUUUUUCCUUCUUCUUUUCUUCUUUCUUUGCGUCAUGAAACAAAUCUUUUGGGAACCCCUUGGGUCUAUUUUAGUACUAUUAGUUAAAUGGUAAACCAUAAUUCAUUUUCCACAUGGUUUUUUUUUGCGCUUCAGUCCAAGGCAUCCCGGGUAAAAUUGGGAUAUGUAGUUAUGAUUUAUUGAUUUUGGUAAGUAAGAUGUUUUUUUUCCCCAUUUCUUGUUUUCCAGCCUGAGGGAAGGACCGCUUUCCGGCUGGAAAAAUUAA